UGCUUCUUCGCACUGUCAGUCUCGCACACAUAUGAGAACCUUACUAUACCUUUCACACAUAUUAGAGUAAAGAGGUGCUCGGCGUCUCCCCACUCUUUCUCUCUUCCCAAGCAUGCAAGCCUUGUAUUCAUCAGGUGGAGUACACAGGUGCGUCUGGGUAGUAGCAAAGCUUUGAGUCUACUUAAGCAAGCUUGCUCAUAAUCAAGAUAUAUAAAACGAAUAAAAACAAAUGAAAUAAUUGAUAGACUUGCUGAAAUCAGGAUAUCAGUGCGGAAAAAUAUGAGCUGGAUGUUGUGAAUAUUGAGGAUAUUUUUGACACAAUAACAUUAUCACCGGGACAUGAGCGAGGCGGAGAGCAAGAGUGCUUUAUUGAAGUCCAAAUGCAAACAACCGUACUCCGCGGAUAUCUGCAACGAAGAUGACCAUGAUUGGUGGGCAAGUGACAGCGGUUCCAGCACAGGGUCAUAUUACUCCGACACCGGCAGUUCCCUCGUUGAAUGGGAGUCGGAGAUCGAGCCCACCGGAGAUGUAUUCUACAUAGAAUCCGCGGAGGAAAGUCUGCUCGAGAAUCCCACAACUUCGGAGGACACCGGCGAGAGCCCCCAGCCUGAAUUAACGCGUCGUCGUAGCACGAGGGCUGGCAAAUUGUUCCGUCUUAUUAGACGCAAGGAGAGCAAGCGUUGGAGCACGAGAAACAAAAGGAUCAACAACAGCGCCGCAGCGAUUAACGCAGCUGCUCAGGAGAAAGGAGAUGGAGGCAAGGAAGUCAAGUUUCAAGAUUUCCAGGCGGGAGAAAUUCGAGAAGUCACGUUGUGGAUCGAUCCCGAGAGAAGACACAAGCUGGGGCGACGGGCAACCCUGUGCGAGGCAUACUUCGGCAUCACCCCGGGCGCGUUCUCGGACAAAGUGAGAGUUAUGGUGGCAGGAUUUAUACCUGACGGCGAAGCUAUGAAGAACAGAAAUAUAAAAAUCGGGGACUGGCUACGGAGCGUCAAUUCGAACGACGUUACUUUCCAAAAUUUAGAUCGGAUACUAUCCGAAAUCACCACGCCGUCAAGUGUAACACUAGAGUUGCAAAGGGUGGCUGGUGUUGACGUCACUGCGAAGCUACCGAAAGUAAAUGAACCGAAACAAUCGACGUUGGUCCAAUAUUUGGUGAAUAAAAAAAGCAGCGCUUCUUUUAUGGAAUCCCUGUUGGACUGUCCGUUGGGCGUGAUAUAUUUAAAGACUGCGGACCUUUCGGAAAUGGGACAAGAGUUGCAGGGCGUGUUGUACACAUUUCCGCGAUCCGAAACUAAAAACGCGCAUUCACCCCUGUGCACGGCAAGAGGGGCUUUUAUAACUCUCAACCACUUGUUACCCAGUAUAGUGGGCCCGCAACCACUCAGUUCGACUAUCCAAAUAGGCGAAGAAGAAAUGCAUAUUGCAUACACAUCCCGCGACGAUGAAUUACUUUUGAUAGCUUUACCUGGCAAAUGUUGUUCCCCUCAGGAGAUUGUCAAGAUUACAGAGGAUAUCGUCAGAACGCUGGAAUUUACCUAUCAAUCGCUAACAAAGUGCUUUACUUCGGUGGAAAACCAGUCCUCUUUAGAUCACUUUUUCACGCUAAUCGUGCACAGAUUAACGAGUAUUAAAGAUUCCUGCAAGGAUGCUGACAGUAAAAGGAAUUUGGCGAAGCCGCAAAACAGUAUCGAGAGUGUGGAAAAUUAUAAGUUUAGAAGCGCUUUUUCAGUCGCAAAUUUUAUACAGUUACCGAGGGACGCGCAAAUUCAGAUAGAUGCUGCGCUAAGCGAGAUGGAAGCGAUGGAUUACAGAGACUGGAACGAAGAUCCUAUGGAUUGUCAAAGAUUAUACACUAUAUUAGGGAGCUGCAUUUAUCACAAGUGCCACCUUCUGGGAUCUCAUUUGCCUCACGAAGACCUGAUCGAUGUACAUUCCUUUCUGAGACACAACGGUCUGUUAAAUCUGGUGAGCCAGGAACAAGUGAAGUGCCUGGUUCUGUGGAAACAGAUUUAUCCGUUGUCUUGCAAUCGCGGGAACGUUGACAGCAACGACGGCGGCCAGUUAUUGAUACCUAAUGGAAAAUGGUUUUUAUUGGUUGUCGGAUACGGACACGAUUUGUUAGCGGUGCUGUUGGAAUCCGGCGGGUGCACCGCAAAGUACAACGACGCGAUAGGCCCGGAUGUAUUUUACGUGGAAGAAGCUCAGGAAACGCUGAAGCACGUGCAAAAAAUAGGAGUCACAGUCCUGGCCUCAAAAUGGAUUGCGUCGAAUACCAGACCGGAAGUGAUACCGUACGAGGAACAUACAACGGCGAAGCCGUCAUCCAGUAUAACGGAGAACCUAUUUGGUCUAAUAAAAUCGUCCGACGCGCAAACUGUGCCGUCCAAGCAAAAUGUCAAUCCGACUAUUAAUAAAAAAUCGCAAGAAUUGCCUUCUAUCUUGAAGAAACGUAGUCCCGAAGAAAGUCCCGUGAUCUCGGGCUCCGUAUAUUCCUUACAAACGUCCGAAGAUUCGCUCAGCCAAGGAACAGGUGGUAUUAGCGAAAUGAGCGACGAGGCAAUGCCUAUACUUGGAAGACGCGCAACCAGAGAGAAGAUCAAUUCGGCAUCGAGGUAUUCUGAUGACAGCGAUUCAGAUAUAGAUAUAUAUAAGAGCGACAGUAACGUGCUCACAAUGGAUAUAUCCAACAUACGAGAGAACUUAUUAAACCAAGCGGAAUACCUGAUACCGCAAAAGCUGACUGCAGGGGAUAAAAAUUAUUUGUAUCAUUACGUUCAUUUGGACAUGGUAGAAGGGAUUCUAUUGUCGUCAGUACCUAUUCACGGUACACCGAAGGACAAGAUUCUCGUUAACUUCAACAAGUGUGUACACGUUAUCCACAGACUGCUACGUAACACAGUCAGAUUUAAGAUGUUAAAUCAAGACAUAGAUAAAACGGUGAUCGAUAGAAGUUUAAUCGCCGUUAAAGAACACGGUGUAUUAUUCGAGUGGGAAAAUACAGCUUUCUGGGUGAUCGGACGCCUCUACACAAGUCCACACCCGAAGGAGUUGUAUGUGUGUCACCAAGACUCCGCGCCUCAAAACCUAAUCGAAAUAGCUUUCCGGUUACACUCGUAAUAGACCGUGUACGUACCAC